GCACGAACUCUCGCGAGAACUGCCGAAACAUCGCGGAAGCUCAGCGCCGCGGGAGCCCGAACUCUCGCGACAAAGGCUGGCAGUGGCGGAGGCGCGGCUUUGGCCGAGCGCGGAGGCAUGGCCAGACCCGGGCCGUCCUGGAGUCGGCUGGACAGGGAGCAGGAGCGCGAUGUGCGCGAGCUCGUCCGGCGCGUCACUGGACUCCAAGACGAAGCAGACCGCAACUUCCAGCUCGCCUUAAACUUCGCCUGGUCUAACUUCAGAUUUCAUCGUUUCUUGGAUGUCAACAGCCAUAAAAUAGAAAAGACAAUGGAAGGAAUUUAUGAAAAAUUCAUCAUUCAUUCUGAUCUCAUCAAAGCUGCUAGUUGGAAGAGAUUAACUGAGGAAUUUCUAAAUGCAUCACUUCCUAGCAUAAAGGAAAUAAAGACAGAUGCACAUUAUUCCAUACUGUCACUUCUUCUGUGUCUGUCUGAUUCUCCUUCGAACAGCAAUUAUGUGGAAACACCAAGAGACAAAGAAGUAGACAAAAAAGAUGAUUUUGACUGGGGAAAAUACUUGAUGGAAGGUGAAGAAAUUGACCUUGGUCCAAACGUAGACACACCAGUCUGGUCUGAAGAAAGUGAAGAUGAAGAUGAUCAACAGCCCUUAAGCAGAGAGGACUCUGGAAUUCAAGUAGACAGGACACCAUUAGAAGAACAAGAUCAAAACAGAAAACUGGGUCCUUGCAUCAGCUGGAAAGCAGAUGAACCAGAUGACCGAAGCUGGCUAGAACAGCAUGUAGUUCAUCAGUACUGGACGACUAGGCCCUCACGGUUUCCUCAUAGUUUACAUUUACACUCCAAUUUAGCUGCUGUCUGGGACCAACACUUGUAUAGCAGCGAUCCAUUGUAUGUUCCAGAUGACAGAGUUUUUGUUACUGAGACACAGGUUAUUCGGGAAACCCUAUGGUUACUUUCAGGAGUGAAAAAGCUCUUUAUAUUUCAAUUGAUAGAUGGGAAGGUAACAGUGAGAAACAAUAUCAUAGUAACUCAUUUGACACACAACUGUUUACGAUCUGUGCUGGAACAAAUAGCAGCAUAUGGCCAGGUUGUGUUUCGACUCCAGGAGUUCAUCGAUGAAGUUAUGGGACACAGCUCCGAAAGCUUGCCGCCUGGAAGUGGUUCUGUUUCUAAGAAGUCGACCGAAGCUCCCUUUAGAACCUACCAGGCUUUCAUGUGGGCCCUAUACAAAUAUUUCAUUAGUUUCAAAGAAGAACUUACAGAAAUUGAGAAGUGCAUCAUCAAUAAUGAUACUACAAUAACUCUUGCAAUAGUGGUGGAUAAGUUGUCAUCUCGGUUGGCUCAGCUCAAGGUUCUGCACAAAGUGUUUAGUACUGGAGUAGCAGAAGUUCCACCUGACACUCGGAAUGUUGUCCGAGCAUCUCACCUGCUCAACACCCUGUACAAGGCCAUUCUUGAAUACGACAGUGUUGGAGAAGCCUCUGAGCAAACCGUCUCCCUCCUGUUCUCUCUCUGGGUGGAGACAGUACGGCCCUACCUGCAGACGGUGGACGAGUGGAUUGUGCACGGGCACCUGUGGGACGGCGCCAAGGAGUUCAUCAUCCAGAGAAACAAAAAUGUUCCGGUAAAUCACAGAGACUUCUGGUAUGCAACUUACACAUUAUAUAGCGUAUCGGAAAAGACAGAAAAUGAAGAAAAAAUGAGUGAUAACGCUAGUGCAAGUUCUGGCAGUGACCAGGGGCCCUCCAGCAGACAGCACACCAUGGUGUCCUUCCUCAAACCUGUCCUAAAGCAGAUCAUAAUGGCUGGCAAGUCAAUGCAACUGCUGAAGAACCUGCAGUGUGCAGAGAGCACCACGUGCCAGGCAGCGGCCAGAGAUGCAGAAAGAAAAAGCUUAUACACCCUCUUUCUGGAAUCUGUACAGUCCCGGCUUCGACAUGGAGAAGAUUCCACUCCACAGGUUCUUACUGAGCAACAGGCAACCAAAGAGAACCUAAUCAAGAUGCAGUCCAUUGCUGAAAGGCAUCUUGAACUGGAUGAUAUUCAUGAUCCCCUGCUUGCCAUUAACUUUGCAAGGUUGUAUUUGGAGCAGAGUGACUUUCACGAGAAGUUUGCUGGUGGAGAUGUAUGUGUGGAUAGAUCGUCGGAAUCUGUGACUUGCCAGACUUUUGAACUAACACUGAGAUCUUGCCUCUAUCCUCACAUUGAUAAGCAGUAUCUAGAUUGCUGUGGAAAUCUCAUGCAAACUCUAAAAAAAGAUUACAGGUUGGUAGAGUACUUGCAGGCCAUGAGGAAUUUUUUCUUAAUGGAAGGUGGAGAUACCAUGUAUGACUUCUACACAUCAAUUUUUGAUAAAAUAAGAGAAAAGGAAACUUGGCAGAAUGUGUCUUUUCUUAAUGUCCAACUCCAAGAAGCAGUAGGACAACGUUAUCCUGAAGAUAGUUCACGUCUAUCUAUAUCUUUUGAAAAUGUUGACACAGCUAAGAAGAAACUACCUGUUCAUACCUUAGAUGGUCUGACCCUGAGCUACAAGGUCCCAUGGCCUGUAGACAUUGUUAUAAGUUCAGAAUGUCAAAAAAUUUACAAUCAAGUGUUCCUUCUCUUAUUACAAAUAAAGUGGGCAAAAUAUAGUCUGGAUGUUUUACUAUUUGGUGAGCUGGUUAGUACUGCUGAACAACCACAACUUAAAGAAGGCCUUCUGCAUGAACAAGACAUAGCUGCUCAGUUUGGACCACAAAAAGAACCAGUAAGACAGCAGAUUCAUCGGAUGUUCCUCUUAAGAGUGAAGCUCAUGCAUUUUGUGAACAGCUUACACAACUACAUCAUGACCAGGAUUCUGCACAGUACAGGGCUGGAGUUUCAACAUCAAGUCGAGGAAGCCAAGGAUUUAGAUCAAUUGAUUAAAAUUCACUAUAGGUAUUUGUCAACCAUCCAUGAUCGAUGUCUGCUGAGAGAAAAGGUCAGCUUUGUGAAAGAAGCUAUCAUGAAAGUGUUGAACUUGGCUCUCAUGUUUGCAGAUGGUUGGCAUGCAGGCCUGGGGGCUUGGCGAAUGGAAUCUAUAGAGAAAAUGGAGUCUGAUUUUAAAAACUGCCAUAUGUUUCUUGUUACCAUUUUAAACAAGGCUGUCUGUAGAGGAUCUUUUCCCCAUUUGGAAUCUCUAGCACUAUCACUCAUGGCUGGCAUGGAACAAAGUUAAAUAUCUCCAGUAUAAUAAAAAUCUCAGACUUCAUCUUUAUUCAUUCUACCAUUUGCAGCUGAAAAGUGGAAAUCUUUUUAUUUUGGUUCAUUUUAAAAACUUACCCACAACCUAGGCAAAUGGAUUGUAGUUAUUUUCUCUGAAAAUUAUUGGGUAAUGUAUAGGGUUAUGUAUAUAAAAUUAUGUAAAUAAUGCAAGUGUAUAUAGGCUGUUUUCUCUUAUAUUUCCUGCUGUAAGAUAUAGAUUUAUGGUAUUGAUACAUUUAAAUGUAAAUUAUAUCAUGUUUGAAAAUGUAAUUAUUGGUAUU